AAGCACUGGCGUCGGGGUUUGGUGGAAAGGAUUAGGGUGAGGAGGGAGGAUGGGUGAAGCGGAAUAACGCUUUCAGAGAAGGUGGAAACGGGUCGGAAAUGACUCGGAGGAAAGGCCUCGCUGGCCUUCUCAUUGUUCCUCACACAUGCUGUGCUGCCUUGAGGUCUUUGGACUUGCUGCUCUGCCUCAACUGCUCUACUCCCAGGAGGCUACAUGACCCACUUUGAUCAGAUUUCGGAAAUUUCACCUUAUCAGCUUAUCAAAGUUUUGGCAUUGUUGCAAAAGCAAGUCAAGACUUAACUUUUCUCUGGUGAAUGAGUAUGCAGAUUAUGACAUGUCGGUUCAAGAAAUAAGGAAACAUGCAGUUCUCCCUCCUAUCAUUAGUAGAAGUGACAAGGAAUUUUUGGAAAGCAUGCAAAGAUACAUAAUUACAGAAACUGAAAGAGUGGGCUGUAAUGAGGAAGGACCUGCUGAUGAAUAUUACAUCAUAUACCGAAAUGUUUUUGAUAAGGUAAUAGAAUAUGUCACUGCGUACAAAUCCAUUCUUACUUCAAUCAAAAAAGAAUACGAUGCCUUUAUUGAGAGAAUAAAGAAAGACCAAAGAACUGCAUUUCAUCUCUAUGGAAAACUUAAAGUUUUGGCAGCAGAGCCCACAACAUUGGUAUAUCACAGGAAAAGGACAAUCCAACUUGAAGCAAAAAUGAGGGUUAUUGAACAUAAUUCUUCAAAGAUUCAAAUGCAAAUAGAUGAAAUAAAACAACUUAGGGCAGAGCGUGAUAUGAAAGAAGUAAAACAUUUUUCUUUCUGCAAAAAUCCUUCAAAACCUAUUCCAGGCAUGACUCUGGAAGAAUCUGUCAAUUUAGAUGCUCUCAAUAAAUACCUGAAACAUCUUGAAGAUAAAUAUGCAGAAAUUAAACAAUUAAUGUCAAAAAAAUAUGUACCAGCUCAGAGAAAGGCACAUUUAGAGGAGGAGAUGAUUGUGAUAUUAAAACGGCGAGAUGAAGCUGAAAAUACCAAUAAAGAAUUACAGUUUCGCCAUCAAAGACUGCAGAUUAUUUUCUAUGCACUCACUUCAUGGGUGAAAUCUGAUAUGAGCACCUCAUUCCAAGACUUCAUGAAGCAAAUGGAGAAAACUAAAGAUUUAUAUGGUGACCAAGGCAUUGUUGAAGAACUGUGUGAAGACCCAAGCAAGGCAAAAGAAGCGGAAAUUCUGCUUUACUACAUUGAAAGGUUCAACGAAUUAAUCUCACUUGGUGAAUACGAGAAGGCAAUUUGUUUUGCAGCAAGAAGUCCUAGAAGAAUUCUUCAAAACAUUGGGACAGUGGAAAAAUUUAAGGCUGUUGGAAAAAUUAGAGGAAAGCCUUCUCCAUUACUCUUAUUUUUUGAGGCUAUCUUCAGCACAAGUCAUGCUCAUAGACGUCCUAUUAAUGCAGAACUCACUCUGGAAGGAAUCAAAUGUGGAUUGUCUGAAAAACGUCUAGAUUUAGUUAUCAAUUGGGUCACUCAGGAAAGGCUCACAUUUUCUGAGGAGGCUGGGGAUGUGAUUUGUGCUUAUGGGGAGCAGAAUACUCAUAACAAGGCCAAGUGCUUGGCUUUAGCUCAGAUUAUCUACAAUGAAUGCAACGUGUACAACAAAGCUGUACUUUGCCUGUGUAAACAGGGUCAGAUCCAUGAGGCCAUGCAGUACAUACAGCAAUUCAAGGACUUUACUUCUGAUGACCUAAUGCAGCUAAUAAGGUUAUGUCCCCACCAUGAAUUAAUUUGGUGUCUCACUAAAGAGUGGAAUGGAAAACCACCAUUAUUACCUUUUGGUUUUGUUAUACUUCAUCUUUGCUCUGUUGAUAUGAAAAAAGUUGCCAUCAGGCUACUUCAAGAAAUAAAUGAAGGUGGGAAAGAUGAGAUAGAACAUCUUAUGAUAAACAAUCCAUUUUGGUGCCCGGAAAGGUGGCAAGAAGUGGCAAGUAUAUGUUCACAGCAUGGCCUUGACAGAGUAUGUGAUGACAUCAUGUCUGUUCUUCGAUCUCAGGCUGGAGUUGCCGAAAUUUCCGAAGAGGAUGAUACAGUCAACUUAAUGGAGCACGUGUUUUGGUAGUUCUGUCUCUUAACCAGUUGAGGGAGCUUCUUCAACAUUUUAUGUAGUUGGCUGGGCAGACUGAUUUUUGAAUAACUAACUUAUAAAUAAAUCUAGAGCAUGAAGCUCUCCAAAGUAAAUCAUGAUUCUUUUGUUAUGGUGACAUUUUGAUUUGUUUUUGAAACAUCUAUAUUAUUGCUUUUUUCUAUAUGAUCAUUUCUUAUAUUGAAUCUUGAUAAAUCCAAGAAUAGAACUUUGUAUAAUAGCCAGUUUAGGUAUCUAAGAACAUAAGCUAGUGUGUAGAUAAUGCUCCUUUCUGGUCAUCUAAUUUGAGGGCAAGAACUGCGGAAGGUGUGAUCAUAUCCUGUCUAUUAGAAUGAUUUCCCAAAUAUCAAGUGCCACAAACGUGACUUUUAGCAAGAAAGGCAAGAUGUCAUUUCAACGUCGGACUCGCUGGUGAAAACAUAGAAUAUAGUAAUUUUGUACUACUAAUUUACAGAUGUGCCCCAUAGAGUAGUAUAUAUAAAUGGCAAGUGUGAGGCUUCUAUAAAAGUUGGGCAUCUUAGCAUGUUCUUACCUAGAGAGAAGACCAGACAAAUUUUGCAUAGAAGUAGGCCUCGGAUACCUGUAGGCACAGAAAAUAUGUCAUGAAAAGUGGCUGUGGAUGAUUUCAGGUAUCCGAUUAUUUAAUUAAAAACCCAAAGAGUUCUG